UCUCAGUCAAUGCAACAAAGCAGGAAAGAAGCUAUGGGGUCGAAGAAGAUGGGUUUUUUCUUGAAGUUGCUUGUGCUUGUGCUUAUGAGUGGAAUGCUUGUUUGCAGUGUCCAAGGAGACGCCCACUACUAUGACUUUGUUCUGAAGAAGUCCAAUUUCACAAGGCUGUGCAGCACAAAAAGCAUGCUGACUGUGAAUGAAAGCUUUCCAGGGCCAGUCAUUCGGAUUCACAGAGGCGAUACGGUCUACGUAAACGUGCAGAAUGAAGGCGAUUAUGGCGUCACCAUUCAUUGGCAUGGAGUGGAGCAAACAAGGAAUCCAUGGUCGGACGGCCCAGAGUACAUCACACAGUGCAGCAUUCAACCAAGAACAAACUUCACAUACGAGGUGAUAUUGGGUAAAGAUCAGGAAGGAACUCUUUGGUGGCAUGCCCAUAGUAACUGGACAAGGGCCACUGUCCAUGGUGCUAUUGUUGUUUUGCCAGCUGAAGGAACCACCUAUCCAUAUCCCAAGCCUGAUGCUGAAGAAGUUAUUGUGCUUGCAUCUUGGUUCGAGGGAGAUGUGAACUUGCUGGUUCAGGAGGCUCUGCUCCAAAAUUCCACUUCAUCUACUCCGGUAUCAGAUGCUUACACCAUCAACGGCCAGCCAGGAGAUUUUGCAGCAUGCUCCAAUGGAACAACAUAUCGUUUACUGGUGGAUUAUGGCAAGACCUAUCUUCUUCGCAUAGUGAAUGCAAUCAUGAACUCGGAAACCUUCUUCGCCAUAUCCGGCCACAACCUCACUGUUGUUGGCACCGACGGAACCUACACCAAACCAUUUGUCACCAGUUUCAUAAUGAUCACCCCGGGACAAACCAUGGAUGUCCUGGUCACAAUGGACCAGGCUCCAAGUUACUAUUACAUGGCUGCCAGGCAGUUUGUAUCUGAAAAUCCUGAAGUUCCCGACUUCGAUGAUUCAAAUGUUACUGCAAUUAUUCAAUAUAGAGGCAACUACACACCCCCGGCCGCACCUUCCUUUCCAGCCAACCUUCCUGCUUACCACCAAUUGGGGGUUGCAUACAGCUUUUUGUCCCAGUUUCGGAGCUUAGCAAGCCCAGAGCACCCAGUGAAUGUGCCUCUAGAUAUAACUACUAGAAUGUACAUCACAGUGGCAAUGAAUUCAGUGGUCUAUGAAGAUGAGGGGACAACAGGGACUUACAUAGCUUCAAGCUUGAACAACAUUAGUUUUCUGAACCCCGAGAUGGAUGUGCUGCAAGCCUACUACAGGCAUGUUGGUGGAGUUUAUACCACAGAUUUCCCAGACCAUCCGUCCUACUAUUUUAACUUCACCGGGUACGAUAUGCCUUCCGACGUAACAAUGCAGGCGACUAAGGUGAAGGUCCUCAACUACAAUGAAUCAGUGGAGAUCAUAUUCCAGGGAACUAAUGUGCAAUAUACACCCGAAGAUCAUCCACUGCAUCUACAUGGUUAUACCUUUUAUGUGAUUGGGUCGGGUUAUGGAGUUUUCGACAAUGAGACUGAUCCCCAAGGGUUUAAUUUGGUUGACCCACCUGAACGGAACACCGUUACAGUUCCUCAGAAUGGAUGGGUUGCCCUCAGAUUUGUAGCAAAUAAUCCUGGUGUAUGGCUAUGGCACUGUCAUUUGGAUCGACAUCUCACCUGGGGUAUGGACACUGUUUUCAUAGUGAAGGACGGCGGCACGCCUGAGACCAGUAUCCUUCCACCUCCUGCAUACAUGCCGCCAUGCCAAGAUCCAUCCCCAAUUGUGCUGGAAGAUUUCAGUGAUUCAGUAAAAGCCUGGUGAAAGAAGGCUAGCGUUUUACCAGUUCAACUAGCAGGUCUGCAGAUACUCAGAACUCUGUUUCCUAUAUGGAAAACUUGAAAUCAAUUCAUAUUAUUUCAGUACAUGGAA